ACUUAUUCCUAUCCAUUUGACAAAUUCGAUCAAAAACGUAACCAUCAACACCAGUUCUGAUAGGAUAAGACAACAGAUGGAAAAGUCGAAACGAGCCUUUCUUAUGAAAAUAUUAAAUAUAGAAAUAACACAAACAAACAUUAAUAUAAAAUUAACUAAAGAUCUCUUAAACCAAGCGCAACAACAACUAAAAUGCAAUUUAAAUGAGUCAGAAUUCAAUACGUUCGUCAAUAAACAAAGUUUUCUUGGUCAGAGGAUCGCAGAAAAGAAGAGGUCGACUCUCAAUUCAAAAACAGAUAAACUAAAGUAUGAACAAGUGCAGAAACUGGGAAUAAAAACGGAUAACAACUGGUUCGUAAAUAAUACAUCGAUAAAAUUUCCUGACGAUGUAAAGUGGAUACUCUCACUUGGGAGAAAAUUCACCUUGCCAACAACGAAAUCAAAUUUCUCUCCAUUACAUAUAAUAGCUGAAAUGGAACAACUAAUACAAUCACUGGAGAAUGAAAGAGAAAAAGAAGUAGCCAGAAAUAAAGUUAGUAACAGAAUCCUACUAUUUAAGCGCAAUAUUAAGCACAACGCAGCGGAGAAAUUUAUUUUAGCAGCCUUUUACAAAGCAAAGACGUUCGUCAGGCUACACAAAAACAAUCUUAUUAUAACCGAUGCCGACAAAGGCAACAAAACAGUAGCUAUGUAUAAAACAGAGUACCUAGACAAGAUGAACAAAUUAAUAGACGACAAAAACACAUACAAAGCAAUAAGAAGUGACCCUACGAAUGCUCUGCAAAGAAAAAACAACAAAAUAGUGGACGAACUUUACAAAGGCAAACACAUUAACUUUAGAGAAAAGCAACAGCUCACAUGCACCGCAGCCACAGCGCCUAGACUUUAUGGAUUGCCUAAAAUUCAUAAGCUCGAUGUUCCUCUUCGUCCUAUUGUUUCCUCGUUUAUGGUCCCCUGUUACCAGCUGUCCAAAUACAUCGGAGAGUUUUUGAAAAUGUUAAUUUCGGAUAAAUACAAUGUUAAGAAUUCCUUCAACCUAAAAGACAAGUUAGCCAAUAUACGUGUGUGUGAUGAAGAUAUGUUAGUGUCGUUUGAUGUCGUGUCCUUGUUCACUAAUAUACCAACAAUGUUAGCCUCAAAAAUAGUCAUGAACAAAUGGGACCAAGUUAAACAAAAAACCAAUAUUCCGAAAAAGAAAUUCCAAGAAAUUUUAGAAUUUUGCCUAAAAGACAACAACUAUUUCAUGUUCAACAAAAAACUAUAUUCACAAACGUUUGGAAUGCCUAUGGGCAAUCCUAUUUCCCCAACAAUAGCGGAGAUAAUUAUGGACAACCUACUAGACAAUACCAUCUCGGAACUCAAGCAAAAAUACAAUAUCGACAUUAAAUUUAUAGCCAAAUAUGUGGAUGACAUCUUUGCUAUAAUUAAACGCAAUGACGCGAAUAUCAUUCUAGGAAUUCUUAACAAGUAUCACAAUAAACUUCAAUUUACGAUGGAAAUAGAGGAAAAUUCAAAAAUCCCUUUCCUUGACGUUUG